AUGCACGACGGGUUGCGCCCUGGGACCGUUUGGGCUGUCGGCACCGUCGCUUUUGGCCUCGCCUUUCUGUUAGCGACCGCUGAUGAUGGGCCCAGCGUCCGUGCCAAUUUCAUCGACGCGCCGCCGUCGCGGAUCAAUGAUGCAGACGUCGAGACGCUUUGCGGGCGCUCGGACCCAGUCCUGAAGACCGGACGACGCUCCGCAACAUCACCGCCAUUUAUCGCUAUGCCGUCGUUUAAGAACUUCUUCAAGAGCAAGGAUGGCUCCAGAUCUGCCUCCAAAGCCGGCAAGUAUGCUGACCACAACGCUGGCCCUGUGGCACCGCCGAAGCCGCGCUGGGACGACGCCUGGUCGCGCAAAGACGUUGCGCCGGAGGAGGUCCAGGAAUUGAUUCACGUUUGCACGAAAGAGAUGAAGUCGAGAGCCCUCGACAUGCCCUUCCUCCUCCUUCCAUUCCGACCUGGAUCAGACACCAGCGCCGCUCGCAACAUGAUUCGAAGCUUUUUCAAGGCGCAGUUUGAAGGUAGCUCGCAGUACACUGGGGAAGGGCUGAACCAGGAAUUGCGCCUCACUGAACCCAUGGUGCUCUGCAGUAUAAUGAAAUGGUGCUGGAGCCGACUGCCUGGAGGUGUAGUGACUUGGGACGUAUAUGAGCUUUUCAAGAUUGGUGAAUCGGAUUCUGGCAACGCUCGUCAUGCUUUUGAUACCUUUAUACCCAUCAGCGUGGACUCCGAGGCGCGGAGACAGGUCAUCGUCGACUUUUUCGAUUUGCUUUCCGCAAUCGCUGCACGAGGCAAGACCAAUGGACUUGGCGGAAGAAAGCUGUCUAGAAUGGCUGGUUGGUGGGCCUUUGGGCAUAAUGACGAUGGCAAGGGAUUUGAUGGCGGAUACAAGUCCUGGGAGAAGGCUGCCGAUGCUGCCAGCCAUCUCUUCUUUGCCUAUCUCCGCUCUCUCUCUCCAGACUCGGUUGCUGGUAUAAGCGGUAUCUCCACCUUGCCACGCUCACUCCAAGCGCUCGUUUCUCAAACCGAGUACCCUCCAAUGACGCCUAUUCUUAUGCAAACCACUACGACACGGAUUGUCAUGAUCGUCGAUUCAGUAUCUCCCACCCCAUUCGCCCUUCUGCGGCGGGCCAAGAACUUCGAGUACCGUGAUGACGACGAGGCACUGCAAGAGUUCUCCUCCUUCGAGGAUCCGGUCAAGGCCCUCACGGACGAGUGCCGAAGAGUCUUGGACUGUAUCUCUUCCACCAAUCAAUCCGUUCUUUCUACAAAUCAUGGCAUUCCGGACGCCUCUUGGUCUCGCUUUGAAGACUUUGGCUUUGGCGGAGUAAGCGAAAAUCCAGCAUCGGCCUUGUCAAAUGGAUCGUCGUUCCCCAGAGACAAAAACGACUUCCAGGGGCUGGGAACUGGCCCGCGGUCCAGGAAUACCGAUUUCGGUCGCCCGACAACGCCAUCCUGGGCCGACUUCUUGUCAUCUGGGUUUGUCGAGGAGAAUGGUGAAGUCAAGCAUGCCCCAUUACUACUCCCUCCAGACAAGCAGCUCCCUCCCAUUGGAGAAGUGACUCGCGUUCACAGUUCGCAGUCGCAUAUGAGAAAUGGUGUCGGGCAGGAGCAGCACUUGGAGCCCGGAGAGCUUGCUAGCAUUACACAAUUCGACUUGGACGAAACCUUCUGGUGGGUCUGGAUGACCAGCUUGGCUGGCGAGGAAACAACCGAGCGCAAGGCAGUCUUCGGACGAUGCGCUUUAAUCGAGACUCAAAUUCCCGGCGCGAAAUGGCUUGUUGUAGAAGAGCAAGUCAAGGGCGCUUCUCCUGGCCCAGAGGAAGGAGCCUACAUCGCAGAGAAGAAAGGACUCUUCAGUUUCACAAGACGAGGGCGACUCGGUCGUAGGAAGUCAACUGGCAAGAAGCCUUCUACGCUUGCGAACGAGCCCUACAAUGCCAAGAACGGCACCACGCCGAUGAGUAAGACUAGCAUCGGACCAGAUCAACAUGCGCGCAUUCAAGCCGCUGCAGCCAGACUAGCUCAGCAAUCGAAAGAUCAAGCCGCCGAGCAGAAUGGUACACGCCGAGGCCGAGUUGAUGAUGCUAUGUCUACCAAGACGAACAGCGUCAUGACACUGCAGCCUGCCGUUAUGAGUGCCGCAGCUCCGGCGAUGCAAUGGGCCAAAGAGUUUGAUAAGGAUGCAGUCCGAAAGAGGUAUCUUGGAGAUGUCCAUGCUGGAAAGGGCUCGAGGGAUAACCUUCUUGCCACCACAAAUGGCCACGCAUCGUCUUCAGCGCCAAAAGAAAGCAAUAACCAUGAUCUUCCCGCCAUUCCGCGGGAGGAAUCAUCGCCACAGGUACCUAGGAAGGCCCCUCCGCCAGCACCCCUUCCAAUUACUCCAACACCGGCCCAGGCCCAGUCGAAGAAGGCGGAGGCUUCCUCUGCAGCUCAAGUUGCUCUACCUGGUGUGACCCCUACUGUCUCCACGCCUUUGGACGAAAAGCCAGCGCCAGUGUACUCCACUGGCCCGACCUUGGAUGAACACCCAGCGCUCCGGAAGCCUGUUGCUGCUCCGCAACAGAGUUCUUCCCAAUCAAACCCCGCUGAAGAAGCCGCAAAACGAGCAUGGGAAAACCAACACAGCCCGGAGGCGGCAGUACCUGCCAAGAAAUCUCCCCCGAAGAAGCUCAAGAAGAACACUGGUGGAAAUGGCUUCAGGAGAAUGUUUGGAAAGAAGGACAAACCUGCCGGGAGAUCGGAAACUCCUCAGCCUACGGAGGCAGAACCAGAGAACGGUCUCCAAGUCCCGGAGUCAAGCCUCGGGCGACGAAUGUCUCAUUUGAGGAAGAAGCCAUCGCCUGCCAUUCCGGUUGCAGAGAAGUCUCCAGCACCGAGCGAAUUGACCGCAAAACCCGAGCCAGUUGUUGCCUACUCGCCAGCCAUCGGUGAGAGUCCAGCAGUUUCUGCCGUCUCGCAUGACCACGACUACCCUGGAGAGGCUCCUCGUCCAAGUGGACCCCGCAUGACUACGAUGGAACAGCAUGAGGCCGAUCAUGCUUUUGCCAGGUUCGACCAGGGCCCCAUGGACGACAUGCCGGCUUUCGUCCCAGAUGAUGGCUCUGACGAGGAACCGAUGAGUGCUCUUCCUCCACCACCUUUCAAUCGGCAUGCUGUUUCCCACCCAGCUUCGGUUGAGGAGGAAGUUUAUCACGAAGAAGAGCUCUCGCACCCGGUUGACCCAUCUGCCAGGGACGAUAUCUCCGAGCAGUCCGUUGACCUGACUCGUCAAGUGUCUCCAGCGCAGGACAGAUGGGCUCAGAUCAGGAAGAAUGCUGCGGAGCGGGCUGCAAGACUUAGUGAAGAGCAAUCGCGUCGCAGCCAAAGUCAAAGCAACCGCACGGAUGAGGGUGAGACCAGCGGAGAGGAGACGAUCGAAAGCCGCGUCGCUCGCAUCAAGGCUCGCGUUGCUGAGCUUACUGGCAACAUGGAUCAACAAGGAGCCCCUGUCAAACGCUGA